CCUAGUUCAUUGUCGUUUUUUUUUAUCGCCCGUGGUGCUUUACGUUUGAUCCGCCCGCUCACGCCUGCCUCCGGAGGUCCUGCAAUCGUGCAUCAUGGCUGAUGACGACUCGAGCGAGCUUUCUUCGUUGUCUUCCCUCUCCUCGGCACCAUCUGAGGAUGACGGCGAGGUCCAACUGAAGCGCGAGAAGGGUAUCCUAAAGUUCUUCCACAAGUUGCCUCAAGGCACCAAACCUGCCGUAGAGCCUGACCAGACACCCUCACCUCCUCCGCGAAAAAGAUCACCUUCGCCGCCUCAUGACUAUGUCCUAGCUGACAAUCCUGAUAUUGCCUUUAUUGUUAUGUUCCGCAGUCGGUUUAACGAGGCACUCCCGAAAUCCCUAGCCAAUUUCGGGCCACAAGAACUCGAGCGCGAUGUUACUGAGUCAAUACCUGGAGAACGCGUGGAACAUUUUCUAUGUGCAGUUCUAGGCCUUCUGCUGAAUCGCAAGCAAGAUGUCAAGCCCGGACACUACAAUCGCGCGCUCGAGGAUGCUAUUUCUUCCCACAAGAACCAAUGGGCGAGAGAUUGGGAGGACAAGAGCCCACUCUCUGGCGGCCAGACUUUUACGACAAUGAAUCCCACUGAACGUUUGACUCUUCUGCGAACCCUCGUGCUCUGGACAUUAUCAUCGUCCGAAGUCGUCAAAGGAAUCAUCAACCAGUCAUACAAACAAAAUCGACACGAAGACGACCUCAACCAACCCCUCUCUGUGCAACCUUGGGGGGCUGAUAGCGAUAGGCGUAGAUACUUCCUUGUUGAGGGUCUUGAUGACACACACUUUCGCGUAUACCGUGAAAGCAACCCUGCUGGGUACAAUAGGACCUGGUGGAGUGUAGCCGGCAGUAUUGAAGAACUCAACGUAUUAAGCGAUAAAUUACAGAGCCUGGAUGGUGGGCCGAAGGCAAGGAAGCUCGCCCAGAAGAUGCAGGCGGCUAUCCCCAGAUUCGAGGCUACAGAGGAGAAGCGCAAGCGACGCGAAUAUCGCCUCAUGCGUAAAGAGCAGUUCAAGCGACCCGAGCCGGGAUUCUCGAUGUACGAGGGCCGAACACGUGGGAAACGAAUGAAAUACACAUACUCAGAUGACGAGGACUUCUACUCCGACUCAACUAACCGGAGGUCGGCACGGAAUACGGGUACUCAUACUCCAGCUGAGCCAGCAGGUCCAGUUACAACAGCUAGUGGAAGGCAGAUCAAGGCGCCAUCCCGUAUGACAGUAGAUGCACUAAACAACAUAGUAACAACAAGCCCGACACAUGAAACUGAAGAUCUGCAGUUGAAAGAGCCGUUAGUAGGCCCUAGUGGGAGACCAAGAAGAUCAGCAGCUGUGAAUCAUGGUACAAAUGGUUGGACUGCCUCUAAAAGCAAAAGAAACAACGAUGAGUUAGAUGAUGACGAAGACGACAGUGAGCCCGACCUAGGGGAUGAUGAAGAAGACGACCAUAUUCCAGAUGUAGAAAGCGACGAAGAAGACGACGACUUUGAUGACGAUGAAGCUAUGGUUGACGACGACCUCGACGAAGGUAGUAAGGGCAGUAUGGUGGUCAAACUAAAAUAUUCGCCGAAAGCUACUGGAACAACCUUGGACUUGGAUGCUUUCCGUUAUGACGGCGGAGAUAAGAAAAGACAGCAGCUAGACACUUGUGACUCAGAAGCGAAAAUCGGCUCUAAAGAUAGUCCACGCGUUGAAAAGAGCGAAGAGAGUAUCGACGUUGCCACAGCUCAAAGUCAAGCAACUCCUGAGCCGGACACCCACAAUCUGGGAAACAGCAUUCAACACCCUCCAGAAACCCCGGCGUUGAACACUCUACAGUCGACCUCUCUAGCUAUUAGGGAAAGCCCAGAGAAGACGCAGCAGCAGUCGUUGCGCCAAUCGGUUGACAUUCUUGCCAAGUAGCAUUCCAGCUUUUUUGACGGGAAUGCUUGUUGGAUGGUUGGGAGUGUCAUGAACCAUGUCAUUAUUUAUCGAUUCGCUACACAAGAUAUGUUCUGACGAUAAGAACAUCUCAAUUCACCUUGGUCUGUGCUAUCACGGUGAAGUGUUAGAUAUCUUGUACCUUGUCUCGUGGGUAGUGUCACGAGCAAGAUAGACAGGUCUGUAGAGAGUUGUGUCUGCUUUCGAUAGAGCUACAAAAAUUGCGUCCAUGGCUGAGGCGUAAUGCUUGGAGGGUGUUUAUGACCGAGAUCGCGAGAUCAUCGAGGCAUCAAGCAUCAGCUUGACUGCCGAACGAGAAUUGAUCAAUUUGCUUCACUGCUAAGUUCUGUAAUGUAGCGGAAUAUUACGUAUGCAUCAUGAGGUCAGCCGAUCAAGCGAUGAUCGAAUAUCAACCUGCCAAUUGACUAUAGGCAUGUGGUCUCUUAAAACUGGAUGUCUCUGGAGCAUCUUGUCUUUCCCUUCUGUCGACUUAAACUCUCUGCAGUGUCGGCUUCAGGAGGGAAUAGCCAGCUUGUUUCCCGGGCACACUUUGUGCUUAUUCUAAACCUAGAGACGUCAUGAUCUCCAUGAACCGUUUAUCCUGAUUUCCCGACGCCCUUCCCAUGCCUUUGCCCUCU